AAUGUUUGAACGAUUUUCUUACCAAAAACGAACGCCCCCAAAGGUGAAUACAUCAAAAUCAAGAAUUGAAGAGAAAGAAGAGGGAUGUCGUGACGAUUCUAGCCCAAAGCUGAGCCUUGAUUCAUGGAUUAAUUCAGUCGCGAGUUCUGGUGAAGAAAAUGACGACAAAUACGACAGCGAUUCAAUGGAUAGCUCAACACGCGGAGAAACGGACCAUCAAAGAGGGAAUCGAACAAGUAAAACAUGUCAUUGGUUUAAAUCAAAAUCAAAAGGACUUGCAAUCGAGAUAUCAGACUCAAAUUCGUCAUGUAGCGCUCAGUCUGAGAAUUCAACUCCCGGGGAUUUGGACGAGGUAAAUUCACAUGGUAGUGUCGAACUAUUUCCAGAUGGAAGCAGUGAAGACGCUGAAAAUUCAAAUGUCAGUCUUACGGACGCGUUUCACUCCGUAUUGAAUGGGUUCAAGGAGUCAAUGCCAAAGGAUGAUGAAUAUGAAAGUCCAUUAGUAGCCAAAAAAGCAAGGAGAAAAAGAGUGAUUUCUUUAGACAGUGAUUCAGACAUGGUGGACACACCAAAGAAAAAACACAAGAGUAGUACAUUAGAAGAACCUGACUUCCUCUGUAACGAUGGUCUUAGUAGUAAAAGCAGUAGCGUAAUAAGUGUUCACUCCAAGAAUGAGAAAAUCGACCUUGCUAAACUGAGAGAGUUGUUCCCUGAUCAAAGUGAGGAGCAGAUUCUACAAAUUUACCAAGAUGCUGGAUCUCUAGAUCAUGCGGUGGACCUCUUGGUAGCCUCUGCAGCAAGUUCUGGGCCAUCAUCACAUCAUAGUGGUCCAAGUAUUAAAGCUAGCAGUGCCAUAAGCUCCAAAGUGUCGAAUAGCAGAGGAUCUCGAGCAAGCAAAGCCAAAAAAGGUGGAGCUGAAAGCAUGAUUGAGAUCUCAGAUAGUGACAGUUGUGCUGGACCAGAGACCUGUCUUGGCACAUAUCCGGGUGACGCCGAUUCUGCUGUUGAUGAUGACAAUUUGCCGGCGGACAGGAAGGCUGCCAUUCUCUCUUUCUUCCAAACUUGUUCUUUAUCAGAGCUAUCUACAAUACCAGAGUGCUCACGAAAAAAGGCACAAAAGAUCCUGUCACUGAAACCCUUCAAAUCAUGGCAUAACAUGGUUAACAAAUUGGAAUCAACAAAGGGGCUAACAUCUCAGAUUUUGUGGAACUGUGACCUCCUGCUAAAGGAGAGAACAUCAGUGGAUAAGCUCAUGCAAAAUUGUAAUAAAAUCUCCCUGAAAAUCCAAGAACUGCUGUUAGAACGUAUGGAUAACAAUAGGGAUCCAAAUGACAGUCAUGCAACCAUCUCUGGACUUGUGACACAACCAGACAUUCUUAAUCCAAGUCGCCAGUUGAAGCCAUACCAGCUGACCGGACUGAACUGGCUCAUCCUGAUGCAUGAGCAGGGGGUCAAUGGAAUCCUUGCCGAUGAGAUGGGUCUAGGUAAGACUGUCCAGGCGAUAUCGUUCAUUGCCCAUUUGAUUGAAAAAGGAGACGACGGACCUCAUCUGAUUAUUGUUCCCUCGUCCACCCUCAAUAACUGGGUCAAAGAGUUCAAGCAAUGGUGUCCGACCAUCAGGUUUACCCUGUACUAUGGCUCUCAGGAAGAGAGGACGUAUUUACGCGAAGAGAUUCUUGAUGAACACUCUGAUUUCAAGGUCAUUAUUACCACGUACAACAUGGCGACCGGCGGCUUUGAAGACACGUCAUUCUUGCGCCAACUCAGACCUCACUAUGUUGUGUUCGAUGAAGGUCACAUGUUGAAAAAUAUGCAGUCGCAACGCUACCUCAAACUGACCAGAAUAAGGGCCAAAAGACGCCUGCUGUUAACAGGGACCCCCAUGCAAAACGAUCUUCUCGAGUUGAUGUCUUUACUCAGCUUCGUUAUGCCGACCAUAUUUGACGGCAGAACUGAUGGACUUAAGCUUCUAUUCGGGAACAAGAAACUGGAUAGAGACGCAGACAGUGGCUACAUCAAGGAACGGGCAGAACAGGCGAAGAAAAUCAUGAAACCCUUCGUGCUAAGAAGACUCAAGAAAGACGUACUACAGGAGUUGCCGCAGAAACACGAGCAUGUGAUCCAUUGCGAACUGUCCACCAGUCAGAAGGACUUGCAUAGUAAACUGAUGCUCAAGUGCUAUAACGAGUAUCGAGACGCUAAAGGAUCCAAUCAGUACAAGAACAUCUUAAUGGCACUACGCAUGAUGUCCAACCACCCUUUGUUGCUGCGAAACUACUACAAGGACGAAACCCUGCGAGAGAUGGCCGUCAAAUACUGCAGGGACAUUGAAAACCGAGGGUCUGAAGUAGACCUUGUUUGUGAAGACAUGACAGUGAUGUCCGACUUCGAGCUCCAUCGUCUAUGUCUAGAACAAAGGAGUCUGUCAUCUUAUGUACUGGGCGAAGAGUUAUUGUACGAUUCUGGCAAGUUUGAGCGACUGAAUGCAAUGCUACCCGAGAUGAAAGAUAACGGUGACCGCGUCUUACUGUUCAGUCAGUUCACUCUCGUCAUGGACAUCAUCGAGGUUUAUCUACAACACUGUGGCUAUCGCUACUUCCGGCUUGACGGACAGACGCCCGUGGUAGAGCGACAGCCCAUGAUUGAUAAUUUCAACUCGGACCCUGAUAUUUUCCUCUUCCUACUCUCCACAAAAGCCGGUGGCCUUGGGAUCAAUUUGACAUCAGCGAACGUGGUGAUCCUGCACGACAUCGACUUCAACCCAUACAACGACAAGCAAGCAGAAGACAGGUGUCACCGCGUGGGGCAGACACGUGACGUGCACGUGUACAGACUCAUCGCUAAAGAUACAGUCGAGGAUAACAUGUUGAAAUGUGCCAACAGCAAGUUGAAGCUUGAGAAGGAUGUGGUGUCUGCAGACAACGACGAAGAUUCGGGAGACUCGAGUGAAGACGUCGCCAGUGUGCUCACGAAUGUGUUCAAAAGGCUGAGGGAUAGCAGCUGACAAAAAAGGACAAACGCCAUUGCUACCAAAGAAUAGAAGUUGUACGCGGCACAGUCAGUUGUACACAGUUGUAAAGGACCAUUGUAGCAUAUAUAUUUAUCGCUUUCCUCUUGAUUUUAGGCGUUUUGUCAUAGCGUUUGUUUUACAACAUUCUUGUGUUCUGGAGGGGUUUGGGGAGGGGAUCCUAUACAAAAAUGCAUACCGAAAUGCACUAUUUACACAGUUUAAAUUUUUCGUCCAUUCUGAUUAACAUGAUAUUUAUCAAUAUCACAUUGAUUACAAGUCAAAAGGUGUACUUUUGGCUGGUAUUUCUAGCCAAAUUCGACUCUGUGGUUUUUUAAAAUUUUUAGUUUUUGUAAUCACUGUAUAUAAUAGUUUAUUUUGGAAUUGAGAUACGUCAAUAAAGUAUUUUAUUAAUAAAUAUUUAUACGCUUCA